GUCAGAGCCGUGGAUUCGCCUUCGUGGAAUUCCAUCACGUGCAGGAGGCGGCCAGGUGGAUGGAGGCCAACCAGGCCGGGCUGACCCUGCUGGGGCACCGCGUAUCCCUGCACUACAGUGACCCCAAACCCAAAAUCAACGAGGACUGGCUCUGUGCCAAGUGCGGGGUGCAGAACUUCAAGCGCCGUGAGAAAUGUUUCAAGUGUGGCGUCCCCAAAGCCGAGGCCGAGCAGAGGGGUCCGGGGGGUCCCCGGCCGGAGCUGGUUCCAGGUGGGGGUGGGGGGCUCCUGCCCCUCCCCCAACCCUACGGCCCCACCCUGGGGGGUCCCCCCGGGGGGUCCCAGGGGGGCACCGAGCCCGGAGCCGACAACGCCAACGACACCAUCAUCCUGCGGAACCUGCACCCCCAGAGCAGCCUGGAGUCCAUCCUGGCCGCCCUCGCUCCCUUCGCCGCGCUCUCGGCCGCCAACGUGCGCGUGAUCAAAGACCGGCAAACGCAGCUGAACCGCGGCUUCGCCUUCGUGCAGCUCAGCACCAUCGUGGAGGCUGCACAGCUGCUGCAGAUGCUGCAGGCCCUGCACCCCCCCCUGCACAUCGACGGCAAGAGCAUCAACGUGGAGUUCGCCAAGGGCUCCAAGAGGGACGUGCAGGGGGCGGGGCCUGGGGAGGGGCCCCCCCGCGCCAGCGCCGCCUCCGUCGCCUCCACGGCCAUCGCUGCUGCCCAGUGGGCGCUGUCACAGGUGAGGGCACUGUCACAGGUGAGGGCACUGUCACAGGUGAGGGCACACCUGGGCAUGGGAGGGGCACUGUCACAGGUGAGGGCACACCUGGGCACGGGAGGGGCACUGUCACAGGUGAGGGCACACCUGGGCAUGGGAGGGGCACUGCCACAGGUGAGGGCACACCUGUGUGGGUGGGCGUGGUCUCAG